UCUCGUUCAUGCCUCUGCCUGCGACCGUCAGUGCCCGGCCGCUGGAAUCGCUCCGUCCUGGGCAUAGAAACAUCCUCGCGUCCAGCUUCUCCUCAGGGUCCCGGACGCCCCCAUGUCCCCAACCCCGCUCAGGAACGGCCUCUGUCGCCUCUGCGCCUACUUGGAAGAACUGGAGGCUGUGGAGCUGAAGAAGUUCAAGUUAUACCUGGGGAUGGCGACAGAGAUGGGGAAGCACAAGAUCCCCUGGGGGCGGAUGGAGCCCGCUGGUCCCCUGGAAAUGGCCCAGCUGCUGGCGGCCCAUUGCGGGAUCCGGGAGGCCUGGCUGCUGACUUUAAGCAUCUUUGAGCAGAUCAACAGGAAGGACCUGUUGGAGAGAGGACAGAGAGAGGACCUGGUGAGGGAGACUCCACCCGGUGACCUGUUCUCACCGGGGAACCAGUCAGCGUGUUCUCUGGAAGACUUUCCUGCAACGCUAAGAAAAGAUCCCCAGGAAACCUACAGGGACUAUGUCCGCAGGAAAUUCCGGCUGAUGGAAGACCGCAACGCGCGCCUGGGGGAAUGCGUCAACCUCAGCCACCGGUACACGCGGCUCCUCCUGGUGAAGGAGCACUCGAAUCCCUUGCGGGCCCAGCAGAAGCUUUUGGACACAGGCCGGGGGCACGCCAGAACCGUCGGCCACCCGGCCAGCCUCAUUCAGAUGGAGACCCUCUUUGAGCCCGAUGAGGAGCGCCCGGAGCCACCGCGCACUGUGGUCCUGCAGGGGGCGGCGGGGAUGGGCAAAUCCAUGCUGGCCCACAAGGUAAUGCUGGACUGGGCCGACGGGAAGCUCUUCCAGGACAGGUUUGAUUAUGUCUUCUACAUCAACUGCCGGGAGAUGAACCAGAGCACCACAGAGCGGAGCGCACGAGACCUCAUCUCCAGUUGCUGGCCCGAGCCCAGCGUGCCCCUCCACGAGCUCGUCCGGGCCCCCGAGCGCCUCCUCUUUAUCAUCGACGGCUUUGACGAACUCAAACCCUCUUUCCACGACCCGCAGGGCCCCUGGUGCCUCUGCUGGGAGAAGAAACGGCCCACGGAGGUUCUCCUUAGCAGCCUGAUUCGGAAGAAGCUGCUGCCUGAGCUGUCUUUGCUCAUCACCACCAGGCCUACGGCUUUGGAGAAGCUUCACCGUUUGCUCGAGCAUCCCAGGCACGUGGAGAUCCUGGGCUUCUCCGAGGCUGAAAGGAAGGAGUUCUUCUACAAGUAUUUCCCCAACGAGGAGCAGGCCAGCUACGUCUUCAGUUUCGUCAGGGACAACGAGCCCCUCUUCACGCUGUGUUUCGUCCCCAUGGUGUGCUGGGUGGUUUGCACCUGCCUCAAGCAGCAGUUGGAGGGCGGGGGCCUUUUAAGACACAUGUCCAGGACCACGACAGCCGUGUACUUGCUCUACCUUCUGAGUCUGAUGCAACCCAAGCCCGGGACCCCAACCCUGCAGCCCCCGCCCAACCAGAGAGGGCUGUGCUCUUUGGCAGCCGAUGGCCUCUGGCAUCAGAAAAUCCUAUUUGAGGAGCAGGACCUCCGGAAGCAUGGCCUAGAGGUGGCGGAUGUCUCUUCCUUCCUCAACAUGAACAUCUUCCAGAAGGAUAUCAACUGUGAGAAGUUCUACAGCUUCAUCCACUUGAGUUUCCAGGAAUUCUUCGCGGCCAUGUACUAUAUCCUGGAUGGUGAGGACAGCGGAUCCGGCCCUGAGCAAAACAUCACCCGGCUGUUGUCUGAAUAUGCCUUCUCCGAAAGGAGCUUCCUGGCCCUCACGGUCCGGUUCCUGUUUGGACUCCUGAAUGAGGAGACCAGACGCUCCCUGGAGAAGAUGCUUGGCUGGAAAGUCUCGCCUCACACCAAGAUGGAACUUCUGGAGUGGAUCCGCAGCAAGGCUCAGAGCGAGGGGUCCACCCUGAAGCAGGGCUCCCUGGAGUUCUUCAGCUGUCUGUACGAGCUCCAGGAAGAGGGAUUCAUCCAACAAGCCCUGAGCCACUUCCAAGUGGUCGUGGUCAACAGUAUCGCCACCAAGAUGGAACACAUGGUCUCCUCCUUCUGUGCAAAGAACUGCAGGAACGCCGUGGUGCUGCAGCUGUACGGGGCUGCCUACAACGCCGAUGGAGAAGACAGGGUGAGGUGGCCCCAGACGCCCCUGGCGCAGUCACCUGAGAGGAAUCUUCUGCCAGAUGCCUAUAGUGAGCAGCUGGCUGCUGCCCUGAGCACCAGUCCCAACCUGGUGGAGCUGGUUUUGUACAGCAAUGCCCUGGGAAGCCGGGGGGUGAAGCUGCUGUGUCAAGGACUCGGACACCCCAGUUGCAAACUUCAGAACCUCAGGUUGAAGAGGUGCCAGAUCUCCAGCUCUGCCUGCCAGGACCUGGCGUUGGCACUGAUAGCCAAUAAGCACUUAGUAAGGAUGGAUCUGAGUGGCAACAGCCUGGGGCUACCAGGCGUGAAGCUGCUUUGCAAGGGGCUCCGGCACCCCAAGUGCAGGCUACAGAUGGUGCAGUUGAGGAAGUGUCAGCUGGAGGCUGGGGCUUGCCAGGAGAUCGCCUCUGUGCUCAGCUCCAGUCGACACCUGGAGGAGCUGGACCUGACAGGAAAUGCACUGGAGGAUUCUGGUCUGAGGCUUUUGUGUCAAGGCUUGAGACACCCCGUCUGCAGGCUACGGAUCUUGUGGUUGAAGAUCUGCCAACUCAGUGCUGCUGCCUGUGAAGACCUGGCUGCCACCCUCAGUGGGAACCAGAGCCUGAUGGAGCUAGACCUGAGCCUGAAUGAACUGGGGGACCCCGGAGUGCUGCUGCUUUGUGAGGGCCUCAGGCACCCCCAGUGCAAACUCCAGACCCUCCGGCUGGGCAUUUGCCGGCUCAGCUCCGCAGCCUGUGAGGGUCUCUCUGCUGUGCUCCAGGUCAACCACCACCUCUGGGAGCUGGACCUGAGCUUUAAUGACCUGGGAGACUGUGGCAUGUCCUUGCUGUGUGAGGGGCUGAGACACCCCACCUGCAGGCUCCAGAAACUCUGGCUGGACAGCUGUGGGCUCACAGCCAAAGCUUGCGAGGAUCUCUCUUCCAUGCUGGGGGUCAACCAGACCCUGACAGAGCUUUAUCUGACCAACAACGUCCUGGGGAACACAGGGGUCCGGCUGCUGUGCAAGAGGCUGAGCCAUCCUGGCUGCAAACUUCGAGUCCUCUGGUUAUUUGGAAUGGACCUGAACAAAACGACCCACAGGAGCUUGGCGGCACUUCGUGUAACAAAACCGUACCUGGACAUUGGCUGCUGAAUCGUUCCUCUACCGGGUCUUGUCGGGAAGUCCAGACAAAGAUCCUCCCAGGAUCCGAUCAUCAGCAAUGAUCUGGCUCUCUCUUUACUUCCUCGAGAGACAGGCUUCUCUGUGAGAGGAUUCCUGCUGCUAGGGGGUCCAUGGAACCCACCCGUCUGUGAUGAUGGAGCUUGGAGUUUAGUGUUGGCACUCGGUACCAUGGAGAGAAUGUGGGGCGGGGCCCCAGAUGAUUCCAGAGCAGCUCUCAACCAAAGAGGAUUUGGCCCCCUGCCCUCAAAGAACACCUGGUAGUGUCAGGGAAUAUUGGGGUGGGGAGAUACUGGCAUCUAGUGGGUAAGGCCAGGGAUCCUACUAAACACCCUAUAAAAUGUGCAGGGCAGGCCCCUACGGAGUACUUAGCUUGCACGUCCAUUGUGCCCAAGCUGAGGAACCUUAUUCUCAGGGUCUCUUGGUGCAAUAAGGACAUGACAUAGCCUAGGCGGUGCACCUUGGAGUGUUUGUCAUACCAACAACCCUGCCCUCUUGCUCUGCACCACAGUUCUACGGAGACCUGCAGGCUGGCCAAUGACCUGCUCUGUGCUUUAGAUGAACGCAUGAAAUCAACCUGAAUCUCAUCCUCGUGGAUCUGAGCUCGUGACCUUCCGACUAUGCCCAUGAUUGUUGCCUAACUUCACCAGGGUGCCACGAGCAUGCCAUGGUAUCGGGAGAGAAUUUAGCCGGAAGCAGAGAAAACUUCUGAUAGAUGUAGUGCCCUAAUGAUGCUGUAUCCUUGGAAAAGCUGAAAAACCCAGACUCUGAACACAUCACUCCUGUGCCCGUCAAUAAAUGUUGACUUCACAUUAAACUGUCUCUCGAAAGAAA